AUGGAUAAGUGGCUAAAUAAAAUUUCAACUAAUAAGCCUGCCACGCCGUCACAACCAAAUUGCAGUGCUUCUAAUUCGGCUUCUAGCAAAACAAAAAAAAGAAAAUAUGAUGAAUCAUAUUUGCAAUAUGGCUUCACAUGUUCUUCUCACAACAAUGAAGAUCAACCAGUGUGUUUAAUUUGCAAAGAAGUUUUGGCCGCAGAAAGCAUGAAACCGUCAAAACUGCAACGACAUUUGAAUACUAAACAUGCAACGUUAUCAAAAAAGCCAAUAGAAUAUUUUGAACGUCUUUUGCAAACAUCAAAUAACGAAAAGAAUACUUUGGAGAGGUAUGUUACUUUGAAUGAUAAAUAUCUAUUGGCAUCGUAUGAAGUUUCGUAUUUGAUAGCAAAAACGAAAAAGCCUUUUACUAUUGGAGAGCAACUUUCACUACCUGCAGCUAUAAGAAUGUCUGAAAUUGUUCAUGGAAAACAGUAUGCUGCUGAAAUUAGUAAAAUUCCAUUAUCAAAUGACACUGUAUCCAAAAGAAUUUCAGACAUUAGCAAUGAUCAAUUUCAACAGCUUCUUAUGAGACUUAAAGACAGCCCAAAGUUUGCAAUACAACUGGACGAGUCGACAGACAUUUCAAAAAUGGCACAGUUGUUACUUUUUGUAAGAUAUAUUUAUGAGGGAAGGAUUCAUGAAGAUAUACUGUUUUGUCGUCCUCUGGAAGGUCAUACUCGUGGAAAAGAUAUAUAUAAAAAAGUAAAUGAGUUUUUUGAAGAAGAAGGAUUAAAUUGGAAAAAUUGUGUUGGUGUGUGCACGGACGGUGCUGCAGCAAUGACCGGACAAGAUCUUGGUUUUACAGCAUUUGUUAAAGCUGGAAAUGAUCAUAUUACAUUUACACACUGCAUGAUUCACCGAGAGGCACUUGUUGUUAAAAAAAUAGCACCAGAAUUAAACAUUGUGUUUUCUGAUGCAGUCAAAAUCAUUAACUUUAUUAAAAGUCGAGCACUUAAUAGUCGAUUGUUUAAAAAUUUGUGCAUUGAUAUGGAUUCGGAUUAUACAAGUUUAUUGCUACAUGCUGAAGUUAGGUGGCUAUCAAGAGGUCGAAGUUUGAAACGAUUAUUAACUUUGAAAGAUGAAGUUCUUAUAUUUCUAACAGAGCAAAAUAGUAAUUUGGCCGAUUAUUUUCACAAUAAUUUAUGGCUUCUCAAGCUAUGCUAUUUGGCAGACAUUUUUGAUAAAAUCAAUGAUGUGAAUUUAUCAAUGCAGGGAGUCUGCGCUAAUAUAUUUACGUUAAAAAAUAAACUUGAGGCCUUUAUUAAAAAAAUUAUUAUAUGGAAGAACAGAGUGGAAAGUGGAUCGCUCGAAAUGUUUCCCUUUACUGACGAGUUCAUAAUUAGUAACAAUAUUUCCAUAACAGAUACUCACAUAACAGAAAUUAUAUUUAAUCAUUUGAAAGACAUGGAAGUUUAUAUGCAUAAGUAUUUUCCCAAUGAUAUUGAUAGACACCAAUGGAUUUCCAAUCCAUUUUCAAUUACAAUCGAAGAAAUGAAUUUUUUAAACUUAAAAGCUCACGAAGAAUUUGCGGAAUUAACUAGUGAUACUGCCUUGCGAAUAAGAUUUUCUCAAGUGCCUGUGCAUGAAUUUUGGAUAGAAAUGAAAUUAGAAUAUCCCUUACUUUCAGAAAUAGCAAUGAACAUAUUACUGCCAUUUUGUACAACAUAUUUAUGUGAAUCAGCUUUUUCCACAUUAUCUUAUAUAAAAUCAAAAUACCGUUCAACUUUAAUAAACGUUGAAAAUUUGUUACGACCUGCAAUAACUCAAAUUGAGCCUAGAUUUAAUUAUUUAUGUAAAAAUAAACAAUCACACCCGUCACAUUAG